AUGCUCACACGCCACACGGAUCGCACGCGAUACGGCCAGGAGGACGAGGACAUCGCAUACCGCCUGCAGAUCAUCGGAGCGCGAGAGGGAGCCAUCCGAGGAACGCUCGUCGCCGGAGCUGCUGUCGCACUGUGGGGCUUCUCUUCUUCUCGGGCGAACUGGCGCUUCCCACUCGUCCGCCGCCAAACCCUUGCAGGCAAAGCCUUCCUCGUCUCCUGGGGCACCAUCUUUGGAAUGAUCAUCUACGCCGAUCACUAUCUCUUGAAAUGGGAGCAAGACCACCGGAUUCAGGCGGAGCGGUGGAGGGAUAUGGCUCGAAGGGAGUUGUCGGCGAAGGGAAUCAUUGCCUCCGAAACGACAAUGCAAAAGUGGAAAGCCGACUUCGACCUCAAGAACUCCUCUUCCGCUGUCCUCUCUCCCGCCACCUCAACUUCUCCCGCGCCCCAGGUCGGCGAGAGUCGGACAUUGGAGGAGUUGCGGCAGGUGCAGGCGUAG